CCCUCCCCCUGCUCCACACUGGCUGCCUGCCCUGCUGCAGGAGAGGGGCUGGGAGCCUCCCGCGCUCCCUAGUUCACUCGGCAGGCCCGGCGGCGGCGGGGACUAGCACUGGCAGGUUAAGCUUCUGAGGUGGAUCCUGAAAGGUGGUCCAGCCUCCUGGUCCUAGAUAGGACCCUCCACCUGGCACCAGGUGGUGACUUCUCAGUGUGACUUCCGGGGAGGAAGAUGGCUGCACAAGUGUUGCUGCAGACAGAGAUGUUCCUACUGAGCCUGCUCUUCCUGGCUCAAGGUGCCCAUGGAGGGGGUCCCCGGGAAGACUUCCGUUUCUGCGGCCAGCGGAACCAGACCCACAGGAGCACCCUCCGUUAUGAGCAGACUCCUGAACUGCAUAUCUCCAUCAGGAACUCCGAGGGAGUGUUCACAGUCCAUGCCCCCUUUCCUGCAGCCCCCCAGGCUUCCCGAUUCUUCCCUGACCCCAGGGGCAUCUACCACUUCUGCCUCUACUGGAACCGCCAUGCUGGGAAAUUGCAUCUUCGCUAUGGGAAGAAUGACUUCUUGCUGAGUGACCAAGCCUCUGGCCUCCUCUGCUUCCGGCACCAGGAGGAGAGCCUGGCCCAGGGCCCCCCACUGCUGGCCACCUCCGUCAGCUCCUGGUGGAGCCCCCAGAACACCAGCCUGCCUGGUGCUGCUGGCUUCACCUUCUCCUUCCACAAUCCUCCCCAGAAGGCCUCCCACAAUGCCUCAGUGGACAUGUGUGAGCUGAAGAGGGACCUGCAGCUGCUCAGCCAGCUCCUGAAGCAUCCGGGGAAGACCUCCAGGCGGCCCUCGCCCCGCCCCGCCAGCCAGCAGCUGCAGAGCCUGGAGUCGAAGCUGACCUCUGUGAGAUUCACGGGGGACACGGUGUCCUUUGAGGAGGACCGGGUCAACGCCACGGUGUGGAAACUCCAGCCCACAGCCAGCCUCCAGGACCUGCACAUCCACUCCCAGCAGGAGAAAGAGCAGAGCGAGGUCCGGGAGUACUCGGUGCUGCUGCCCCGUGCACUCUUCCAGAGGACCAAAGGCCGGAGAGGGGAGGCGGAGAAGAGACUCCUCCUGGUGGACUUCAGCAGCCAAGCCCUGUUUCAGGACAAGAAUUCCAGCCAAGUCUUGGGUGAGAAGGUCCUGGGUAUCGUCGUGCAGAACACCAAAGUAGCCAACCUCCCGGAGCCCGUGGUGAUCACCUUCCAGCACCAGCCACAGCCGAAGAACGUGACUCUACAAUGUGUAUUCUGGGUUGAAGACCCAACAUUGAGUGGCCCAGGGAGUUGGAGCAAUGCUGGGUGUGAGACCAUCAGGAGAGAAACUGAGACGUCCUGCUUCUGCAACCACCUGACCUACUUUGCAGUGCUGAUGGUCUCCUCUGUGGAGGUGGACGCAGUACACAGGCACUACCUGACCCUCCUCUCCUACGUGGGCUGUGUCGUCUCUGCCCUGGCCUGCGUCCUCACCAUCGCUGCCUACCUUUGCUCCAGGAGGAAGUCUCGGGAUUACACCAUCAAGGUGCACAUGAACCUGCUGCUGGCCGUCUUCCUGUUGGACGUGAGCUUCCUGCUCAGUGAGCCAGUGGCCCUGACCGGCUCUGAAGGUGGCUGCUGUGCCAGCGCUAUCUUCCUGCACUUCUCCCUGCUCGCCUGCCUCUCCUGGAUGGGCCUUGAGGGCUAUAACCUCUACCGACUCGUGGUCGAGGUCUUUGACACCUACGUCCCUGGCUACCUGUUCAAGCUGAGCAUUGUGGGCUGGGGCUUGCCCAUCUUCCUGGUGACCUUGGUGGCACUGGUGGAUGUAAAUAACUAUGGCCUCAUCAUCUUGGCUGUGCACAGGACUCCAGAGAGUGUCAUCUACCCUUCCAUGUGCUGGAUUCGGGACUCCCUGGUCAGCUAUGUCACCAACCUGGGCCUCUUCAGCCUGGUAUUUCUGUUCAACAUGGCCAUGCUGGGCACCAUGGUGGUGCAGAUCCUACGGUUACGCUCACACACCCAAAAGUGGCCCCAUGUGGUGACACUGCUGGGCCUCAGCCUGGUCCUUGGCCUGCCCUGGGCCUUGGUCUUCUUCUCCUUUGCUUCUGGCACCUUCCAGCUUGUCAUUCUCUAUCUCUUCAGCAUCAUCACCUCCUUCCAAGGCUUCCUCAUCUUCCUCUGGUACUGGUCCAUGCAGCUGCAGGCCCGCGGCCGCCCUUCCCCUCUGAAGAGCAACUCGGACAGCGCCAGGCUCCCCAUUAGCUCGGGCAGCACCUCGUCCAGCCGCAUCUAGGCCUCCAGCCCACCUGCCCGGUGUGAGGAAGCAGAGACACGGCCUCCCCUCACACUGCCUGUGGCCCCCGCAGCCGGGCCCAGCCCUUGGCCAGUCAGUCGGACACUUGAGAAAGCCUAUGGACCUUGGAGGGAUGGGGCAGUUGCCAUGGCUGCCAGACUCUAGGCUGGCCUUCUGAAUUGGCCUCAGGGACUAUUCGGUUCUUGGGUCCAGCUCCCAAGGGCUCAGGAGUGCACCGCCAUGCUGGUUAUGGGGCUGUCCUAACCUGGGGCUUUUCUUACCACCCCAGGCCCAGCCCUUGUUGCUGGGGGUUGAGGCCCACAGGCCCUAGUGUCAGGCCUUGGAUUUUGGAGGCCUGGUACAUCCUCAGCCCUGUGCCCUUGCCCAGGAGAGAAAAGCGGCUGUGGCUGCUCUGUCUCUGGUGGUCACCAUGUGGGCACUUUGCAGCCCCUGACAUUUUAACCUAAGUGUGGUAUCUAGGGUAGAGCUUUGGAGUCAGACCCCUGGAGGAGGAGGUGUCCCCUCCCCAGAGCACAGCAACUGCUCGCCUACCUCUGACUGACCCCAGGGCCCUCUCCCUCUGUCAGCUGCCCCAGUCCUCCCUCUUUCUUCCCAGGUCCUCCCCUCCUCUCCUGUGGUCUCCCUAGUGCUCCACUCACAGCUUGGGGUCCCCAAUUCCAAUGCUGUAUUUUGGGUAGUGGUUGCCAAGAGCCACCUGGUGCCUGCUGUAAACAUUUAUCUACUGCAUAGGCCUUGGCCUGCCCUUACUCAGGCUUAAUAUCGAUGCCUGGAUGGGGUUAGGUCCAUCUGUCCAUCUGGGCCUCUCUCUGAGCUGUAUCACCCUUGUACACACCUCAAAGGGGCCCUCAGCCUCUCCAGAAGCCUUCUUGUGGCUAGAUCUAAGGAACGUAACAGUCUUGUCUCGUUUCCAUCUCAGCGCUCCAAAGACUGGGACAUAACUCCUCCAGUGACAAUGGCCUAGGGCCUGGUGCUCUCCUAAUGGGUCAUCUCCAAAUCUCUGCAAAUGGCCCUGGCAUACCCAGCAGCCCAUCAUGGCUAAUUCCGUCUAACAAGCACACACUAGUCAAUCACCAGCCUCUGCUAGCUGGUAGGGACACAAAUGACCAGACCUGGUUGCUUCCCCUAUGAACCUUCAGUCUGAUGUGUGGGGCAUGAGCUUUUGGAGCUACAGGAACCGAGUCCAGGAGCCAUCAUUUCUGGCUGGGAAUCUAGGAAGACUUCCUGCAGGAGGUAGCAUUUGCCCUUGAUCUCAGCCUUUAAGAUAGGGAGAAUGUUCUUUUUAAGUACCAAUUCAUUUGUCUUUUGAUAUUAAAGAGAAGUACAUGUUCAUUGUAGAGAACUUGGAAACUGUAGAAGAGUAACAAGGAGAAAAAUAAAAAUUAGCUGUCUUAUUGCCUAACAAACCAGUAGAAAUAUUUUGGAGC